GGUGCACUUGGCUCCCUCGAGUGGCAAGGAUAAACUCUUUAAAAAAUAGAUAUCGAAUGUCCUUCGGUUAAUAUCCCUGUGAGACCUAUGUGGAUAAGUGCAAAAUGCCGAUUGUAAAGAAAUUGUCCUUCGAUGCCAAUUGCGAGGAGAAGGAGAAGUACACCGCUCAAAAUGCCGACGACUACUAUAGCCAGGCGCAGAGCGUCGACCUGGAUGCGGAUGUGGCUGGCAAGUACAUCAAGCCGGAGGAGCCUCAUUGGUUGGUGCGGCGCAUAUACUUCCUAAGCUGGAUCACCAGCUACGAUCGGGAGCAGGCCUUUGCGGAUCUGAUAGCCGGAAUUACCCUUGGACUGACCAUUAUUCCGCAGAGCAUUGCCUACGCCGCGCUGGCGGGUCUCUCCUCGGAGUACGGCCUGUACUCCGCCUUCAUUGGAUCGAUUAUCUAUGUAUUCUUCGGCACGAUACCGCAGGUAUCUAUUGGACCCACCAGCCUGAUGGCCAUCCUCACGCUGCAAUUCUGCGCGGACAAGCCGGUGCAGGUCGUCAUCGUCCUGGCCUUCCUCGCCGGCUUGGUCGAGCUAGCCAUGGGAGUGUUUCAGUUGGGCUUCAUUGUCAGCUUUAUUCCGGCUCCGGUAACCAAGGCCUUUACCUCGGGCACGGCUGUGAUUGUGGUUUUUGCUCAGAUAAAAAAUCUGCUGGGGGUUCGCCUGAAGGGAUUUCCCUCCAUCAUUGACUUUUUUACCAAUAUCCAUCCCUCGGAUGCCGUCAUGGGAGUAUCCUGCAUGGUUGUGCUGCUUUCGUUGAGGCUCCUGUCGCAGGUAAAAUUCAAGCAGGAAACGGCUGUAACGCAUCGUCUGAAGAAGAUCCUGUGGUACAUCAGCAUUUCACGCAAUGCCCUGGUUGUCUUCUUCACCGGCCUGCUGGUGUUCAUCUGGGUGAAGAAGAGCUCCAUGGAGGCGGUGCCCUUUGCCCUCUCCGCGAAGGUAUCCUCGGCCAUGCCAUCGUUUAAGGUGCCACCCUUCGCCUUUGAGUACCAAAAUCGUACCUAUGUUUUCACGGAUAUCCUGCACGAGCUGGGCAGCGGCAUCGUGGUGGUGCCCAUUGUGGCGGUUCUUGCCAACGUGGCCAUUGCCAAGGCUUUCGUCAAGGACGGCAAUCUGGAUGCCUCGCAGGAGAUGCUGACCUUGGGUCUGUGCAACAUAGCUGGCUCCUUCUUUAGUGCCAUGCCCACCUGCGGAGCAUUCACCCGCUCGGCGGUGAGUCAGGCGUCGGGAGUAAGGACACCCAUGGCUGGCAUAUAUACCGGAUUGAUUGUGCUCUCCGCGCUGAGUAUCCUGACACCUUACUUCCAGUAUAUUCCCAAGGCCUCACUCUCCGCCGUGCUCAUUGCAGCGGUCAUCUUUAUGAUUGAUCUGGCUCCAGUCAAGGAGCUGUGGCAGAACAACAAAAAGGACUUCUUCAGCUGGGUGGGCAGCUUCAUCAUUUGCCUGGUGGCCGGCGUGGAGUUGGGCCUGCUCUUUGGCAUUGUUCUAAGCAUGAUCUUCAUUCUGCUGCGCCUGGGUAAUCCCAAAAUAGAGGUGUCCCUGAAGAAGCACGAGUCCACCUACUAUGUGCAUGUGGUGCCCCAGUCGGAUGUCUACUACACCGGGGUGGACACACUCCGGGCGGAGUUGCGGUCUGCCUGCAGUCUCUAUCGCCAUGAUUUCCCCGUCAUCCUGGACUGUGCUCGCUUCAUGCAGUUCGAUGCCACUUUCAGUGAAAUGCUAAUUGCUGUGGCCAAGGAAAUGGCCGCCAACGAUGUGCUGCUCAUCCUGCAGAACAUGAGCCUGAAGGUGCAGCAAAUGCUGCCGGUGAUCAGUAAUGUGCGCUUCUGGCACGAUGAAGGCGACCUAUCGUCUCACCUGCUGAGGGAGAAGGAGGUGGCGCUGCCCCAGCUGGAAGCCAAGGUUUAGCGAUAGUUCCUAAACUAAUCCUCCGAUAUAGGCACCGUCCCGGACGUCACGAGAGUUAUCUCCGGCUGACGUUCGCGUGUGGAACUCGACGGUGUUGGCGGCGGAACUUGCGUAAUUUAGACGCUUAGAUUUAGUUGUUUAGCUUAGCUACUUUGUAAAUACUUGAAUGCAUCCACUAAAUAUAUAAUAUAGCUUUCCACGAACAAACAAAGAUAACCGGAGAGCGGUCUGCAGGCCGAGAUAAUAGGAGCAGGUGGUGGAGUCAUAAAGCUUGCCUCGUUUGCGGGGCGGCGAACGUGGCGUAUGAGUAAUGUGACUCGAGGCUCAUUAAGGCAUUAAUUGAAUGGAACGCAGCUUUGUUUUUUCUUUGAAAUUGUUGUUUAAUUAUUAUUUUUUCGCUUUUUGUCGUUCAAUAAGGAAAUUAUAAUUUAUAGAAAAAGUAUAAUAAUACAGUAUAACAAUUUAGUUGGUUUCCAUUUGUGUUUUCAUUAUCCAUUUCAUAUUGCAUAGUACGUUUUUUUAUCAUCGCUUGUUUGUGUCUUCAUUAUUUUAGAUUGUUCGUGGAAAUAAACUGUUUGUAUACUCUCUGGUGUAUAUGUUGUAACUAUAGGGUGUAUCUGACUGGCUGACUGCAGCUGUAUCUUGAUCUGUGUGUCUGUUUUUGUAUCUGUAUCUGUUUUUGGGGAUCUGUGUGCUUCCGGAAUGUCCCCGCAAUCGCAGCGGAAACACUACAGCUUCGGUGGACGCCGAAGUUGGGCUUGUAGAUUGUAAUCGUCUCUCCGAUGUGGCUAAAUAAUACACAGUGACUUGAUUGUUAAAUCAUUUACGUGGGAAAAGUUAACGCUUGUUUCAAUCGUGAUUGGAUAAGGUAAUUCAUUCUUUUGACAUUCUUAGCUAUCAACUCAACUAUAGUUUCCGAUAUCUAUGACUGUCCAACUACUAUUUGCCAGUUUACAAUUUACAGUGUGAUUGUGGGCACCCAAGGAGAGUGUCAGCCAGGAUCCUGAAAGGAUAAGCUGACACUUUCCUCAGCACCUUCCUGUGUAUGACUGUAUCUGUAUUGUGGUGUGUUAAUGAUAGUGUUUACUGUGUUUGUGUUUCUCAGUUUAAAGUAAUCAUUUGCUCACAAUUAUUUGCCC